UUGUAAGAACAUUUUUACUUAUCCCAGAAUGGUAUUUGUUAACUCCAGAAGAAGUGGAAACAAUUAAAACGUAUAUCGUGGAAUCGUCAGCAGAUCGUGCUCACGUUUACUGGAGCAUUACUUUAGACUGUGCAGCGUGUUGUAAUGGAUGCUAUUUUUGUGGUUUCACAAAGAAUUUGUGUAGUGGAAGCGUCAAGGCAGAAAGCAGGUCCGAUUAGUCGGGAUUUAAUGUGAACUUUAAAUCUAUAUUUGGAAUUGUUAAUACCACGUUUGCUUAAAUUCAUUUAAAGACUUGCAAAAAUGGCGGAAAACGGCGACAGCGACCGCUAAGUGGAGAUCUUUAAUGACAGUGAUCGGGUUAAGUUGUGGGCAGCAACUAUGAAAUUAAACGAUAACACCUCAUCGGAGUUAUUGAGACAUGGAUUUGACACUAUGGAGGCAAUUUCGAUGAUUGAGUCAGAAGAUAUGCCAACUUUCAACAUCCCGUUAGGCCAGCAAAAAGUUUUGCUUAGAGCGUUGCAGAAAACUUUCAAGACCGGUCGAGACGAAAAUGGUGGAAAUAUUAAUGGGGCGUCAAUGCGCAACACAAGUGAAAUCGGAGGCGGAGUCACCACAAGAGAGAUUGGAGGCGGGGUUUACAAUAAAGAUGGCGACAGUAGUACUUCCGUAAACAUCCAAGAUGGCGGCAGAAGCACUUCCGUAAACAUUCAAGAUGGCGGCGUCCAUGCGAACAUUCCUAGAGCGGACGAUACAUAUAUCCAGGAAAUUAUGAAAAUGAUGGCAGUGCAAAAGGACAAUAAUGGACAUUCAAUCAAUGAUUUUAAUGCUAAAUCCUCUCAUUCUCAAGGCUCACUGGCAUCCAAGGAGAUGACAACACUGGAUAGUAUUGUGGCAAAAUUUAGAAAUCAUACUUAUGCUGAGUCUACCAAAAAGACGUAUCAGAACUAUUUAAAAUCCUAUAUGGAAUUCUGUAGAAGAAUUAACAUUGCCCUUGUUCCUUUGAGUCCUUUGAACUUAGCAAGAUAUGUAGCCUAUUUGUCUGCGAGACUACAGUUUAACUCCAUAAAUAAUUACUUGUCAAUUAUCCGUUUGUUACAUUUAGAAGCAGGGAUUACGUCUCCAUUGGAGUCAUUUUUUAUGGAUUCGGUACUAAAAGGUGCUAAGCGUGUAUUAGGAUGCACAGUUCAUAGCAAAUUGCCUUUAACGCCGAAGAUUUUAAAUGAAAUAUUCACUUUGUUGUCAUUAAGCAGUAGUAAGGACUUAUGCUUUUGGGCAGCCUGCUUAGUUGCCUUCUUUUCCUUUUUAAGAAAGUCAAAUUUAUUUGCUCCAUCUCUUUCAGCUUUUGAUCCUGUGCGACAGUUAUCUCGAGAAGAUAUCACUUUUCAUGCAGAGGUUCAUGAAAAAAUCAGAGAUGAACAAAAGGUAAAGAAAGAUGAUGAUAAUUUUAACAGUAUUCCUAAAGAAAAAACAUACAGGUAUGCUCAAGAUCUAGAAAUAAUUAUUGACUCUCAUGGAAAGUCUAUUGUCCUCAAAACUGUACAGAAACAUCAAGGUUCUUGGACCAGGAAUGAAGAAUAUAAAGGUGCAGGGGAGACUAUUCUUGAAACAACCAACAAAGACACCAGACAUAUUGUCUUAGGUGUAGGAAGCAAUGACUUGAGUAUUUAA